GGUGACGACAUGGAGCGGGCGCUGACGGGCCGGUCGAGCUCGCGCAGGCGCCGGGCGAAGGAGCGCAGCUCGGCAGCGGGGACUGAGGAGCGCAGCUCCCCGAGGGAGGCGGCAGGCGGCAUGGGCGCGGGCCCGGCGCUGGUCGCGCUGCUGCUGGCCGGCUCGGUGCUGAGCGCCACGCUGCUCGCCCCCGGCCGCCGGGCGGAGCCAGAUGGAGAAGAGAAGAGGCCUGUGGAGCUGAAGAUGGAUCAGGCUCUGCUUCUCAUCCACAAUGAACUGUCGGGAACAAGCCUAACGGUGUACUGGAAAUCUGAGUCCUGUUACCAAUGCACCUUCCAGCCUCUGGCGAACGUCUCUCACAGUGGCAAACCUGCGAAGCCAAGCAUUGCGGCCAUCUCCGUGAGCACCCAGCAUGGGUCCAUCCUACAAGUUAAUUACACCCAGGGAGAGACUGAAGCUUGCAGGCUGGAAUACAAAUUUGGAGAAUUUGGAAACUAUUCCCUUUUGGUCCAGAAUGCUUCCCCUGGCGCCAGUGAAGUCGCCUGUGACCUAGUUGUCAACGAGAACCCAGUCGACAGUAACCUUCCUGUGAGCAUCGCUUUCCUCGUUGGUCUAGCACUCAUCAUCGGGACAUCUUUCCUGAGGUUCUUACUGAGUUUGGAAGACUUCAGUAAUUGCAUUUCUAAGGCAAUAACUUCUCGAGAAACUGACCGCCUCAUCAAUUCUGAGCUAGGAUCCCCAAGCAGAGCAGACCCCCUCAGUGAUGACUGUCAACCAGAAACACGACGUAUGCCUGCCCUGCCUUACCGUCUCCGAUGUGUGGACACAUUCAGGGGGCUAGCCCUCAUCCUCAUGGUCUUCGUCAACUACGGCGGAGGAAAGUAUUGGUACUUCAAGCAUUCCAGCUGGAAUGGACUGACUGUGGCCGACCUCGUCUUCCCCUGGUUUGUAUUUAUUAUGGGAUCUUCAAUUUUCUUGUCAAUGACUUCUGUCCUACAACGAGGAUGUUCAAAAUUCAGACUGCUGGGGAAAAUCGCAUGGAGAAGCUUCCUGCUAAUCUGUAUAGGAAUUAUCGUUGUCAACCCCAAUUAUUGCCUUGGUCCAUUGUCUUGGGAUACGGUGCGGAUCCCUGGUGUCCUGCAGCGGUUGGGAGUGACGUACUUUGCGGUUGCUGUGUUAGAGCUCAUCUUCUCGAAGCCUGUCCCUGACAGUUGUACCUUGGAGAGAAGCUGCCUUUCUCUUCAAGACAUCACUUCCAGCUGGCCCCAGUGGCUCGUCAUUCUGAUACUCGAAAGCAUUUGGCUGGCUUUGACAUUCUUUUUACCUGUCCCUGGGUGCCCUACUGGCUACCUUGGCCCUGGCGGUAUUGGGGACUUGGGGAAGUACCCUCGCUGUACUGGAGGAGCAGCUGGCUACGUUGACCGCCUACUCCUGGGAGACAGUCAUCUGUACCAGCACCCGUCCUCCACUGUCCUUUAUCAUACUGAGGUGGCCUACGACCCAGAAGGAAUCUUAGGGACUAUCAACUCCAUUGUGAUGGCAUUUUUAGGAGUUCAGGCAGGAAAAAUACUCCUGUAUUACAAGGACCAGACGAAAGCCAUCCUGAUGAGGUUUGCUGCCUGGUGCUGUGUCCUUGGGCUUAUUUCUAUUGCUUUGACAAAAUUGUCUGCAAAUGAAGGCUUUAUCCCAAUAAACAAAAACCUCUGGUCCAUCUCGUAUGUCACCACUCUGAGCUGCUUUGCCUUCUUUAUCCUGCUCGUCCUGUACCCCAUCGUGGAUGUGAAGAGGCUGUGGACAGGAGCCCCUUUCUUUUACCCGGGGAUGAAUUCUAUUCUGGUGUAUGUUGGUCACGAGGUAUUUGAGAACUACUUCCCCUUCCGGUGGAAGCUGGAGGAUGACCAGUCACACAAAGAGCAUCUAAUUCAGAACGUGGCCGCCACUGCUGUCUGGGUGCUCAUCGCCUACAUUCUCUAUAAAAAGAAGAUCUUCUGGAAAAUCUGACAGCACUCCCUGAUAGGCUUUGCUGGAGGAGCCCAGCGGCCCUGGGAGAAGGAUAAACUGUCUUUAUUAAAGGGACGUAUUUACAGAAGCUGUGUCCAAGCUGACUUGCUUAGCCAUCAGAAAGCUGCCUGUAUAUUUUUACUUAUAUAUUUACAUAUUUGAAAUGUUAUGCUCUCCCUUUCCUUCAUUCUCUAUGAAAUUGAUAUAUUUGGAACAUGUGUGGAGGGGUUUACAAUGGACAUUUUGUUUCUGUAAUGUGCUGGGUUUUACUCAGAGGUAGAAUGUUUUCCUAACUUGGACAGUUUGAUCUCUGCACCACAAACAAGCAAACCACAACAAGAACACAAGAAAACCCAAAGGACCGCUUUUUAUUUCCUGAAAACUGUCUUCCAUGUAUAUAUGCAUGCCAACAAAAAUACCACGGUUUCUGUUGUGAGACUU